AUGUCUGGCUGCUGCUGUUCUAGGAAAUGCCCCUCCCUGCCAGCCAUCUCCCUCUGCUCUACUGAGGUGAGCUGUGGGGGACCCAUCUGCCUACCCAGCUCCUGCCGGAGCCAGACGUGGCAGCUGGUGACUUGUGAGGACAGCUGUGGGUCAUCUGGCUGUGGCUCACAAUGCUGUCAGCCUUCAGGUUCCCUGAGCAGUUGCUGCCAGCCGGUAUGCUGUGAGGCCACCAUUUGCGAGCCUUCUUGUUCUGUGAGCAGCUGUGCUCAACCUGUGUGCUGCACGGCCACUGUUUGUGAGCCUUCUUGCUCCUCGGGCAGUUGCUGUCAACCUGUGUGCUGCGAGGCUACCAUCUGUGAGCCUUCCUGCUCUGUGAGCACCUGUGCUCAGCCUGUGUGCUGUGAAGCCACCGUGUGCCAGCCUUCUUGUUCUGUGAGCAGCUGCCAGCCUGUGUGUUGUGAGACGACACCCUGCCAGCCUGUCCUCUGCUUACCUGCAUCCUGCCAGCCAGUGAUCUGUGAACCUAGCUGUUGCUCAGCUGUCUGCACGGUGCCUGCUUCCUGUCAACCCAUGAUCUGUGAGCCUGUAGUGUGUGAGCCUGCUUGCUGCCAGCCGGUGUGCCCGACACCUAGCUGCUGUCCAUCUGUCUGCUCUGCAGCCAGUAGCUGCCAGCCAGUCUGCUGUGACUCCAGUCCCUGUGAGCCACCUUGCUCAGAGUCCACUGCUUGUCAGCCAGCUACCUGUAUGGCUCUGGUGUGUGAGCCUGUUUGUCUCCGUCCUGUCUGCUGUGUUCAGAGCCCUUGUGAGCCACCGUGUGUCUCUAGCAGUUGCCAAGACUCCUCAUGUUGUGUCUCCAGUAUUUGCCAACCUGUCUGCCCUGAACCCAGCCCUUGCCUGCCAUCCGUGUGUGUGCCCAGCCCAUGCCAACCUUCCUGCUACAUAGUCAAACGAUGCCGUUCUGUCAGCUGUGAGCCUGUUUCCUGUCCACCUACCUCCUGCCAACCUCUCUGCUGCCGUCCAGGGUCCUCUGCGUCUGCCGUCUGCCAACCAGCUUGUCCCCCUCGGACCUUCUACAUACCCAGUUCCUGCAGGCAGCCUUGCAGUCCAGUUUCCUGCCGCCCCAUCUGCCGUCCCAUCUGCUCUGGACCCAUUACCCUCAGGCAGCCGUAUGUGACGUCCAUCACUUACCGCCCCGCGUGCUACCGCUCCUGCUACUCCAUCCUGCGCCGUCCCACCUGCCUGGCUUCUUACUCCUACCGCCCUGUCUGUUCCCGCCAGCCUUGCGCCGAUUCUGACAACUCUAAGCCUGAGUGCAUAAAGUCGACUUCCAGCCAACCCGACUGCCCUGACUCAACACCCUGCAAGACAGAGGUCUCAGAUGAGACUCCCUGCCAGCCCUCUGAGAUCAAACCUGCCAGCCCGAUCACCCGUGAGGCUACAGCCCCCCAGUCGGCGGCCAGCAAGCCUACUGAUCGCUGA